CCACUAGUUCAGCUCAAUCCCGUCAAAGUUCAGCUGAGUUGUUUAAUAACUAUGAACCUGCAAUAAUGAUUUCCGUUAUGUGAGCAGCUCUGGUUUAACCGGUUCAGCAAGUCGUUUUCUGAUUAAAUGAAUCAAAUAACUUCAAAAAUAGUAAGCACCUCGACUUGAAUUUGUAAGAAAAAUAAGCUGUAGAUUCACUGUCUGCUUUAGUCCUUACCUUUGUGGCUGACCGAACUACAAGUGUCUUUUGAGAGGUUACAUUUCUACUGGACAACAUAAGCUCUGCAUCAAAGAAAGGAAAUCAAUUCGGGAGCUUUGGAACCAUUCAGCCCUUCAGUGGCAUCAUAAUGGUAGGCAAUUUAAUGCCUUGGUCACUUGCUUGGAUCUUCCUUCUCUUGUUAUUUAGCAAAGGCAGUAAUGCAGGUCUUUGUGAUAAUACAAAUGGAAAGAGUAGUUUCACAAUUAAAACACAUGAAACAAGUGCCAAAGUAACACAACAAGAGUUACAAUCCAACCUUAAUUAUCGAGCAGAAUUGACUUUGGAUCCUGUAAAUGUAGCAUAUACUAUAACAUUGGUCAGUGUUGGCACUUUUGAUCCAAACACUUAUCUGGAAAUUAUAAAGAUAAAUGGGAAAAUAUAUGUUCGGUUAACUAGAGCUAUGGAUCGAGAUGGUGCCACCGAAAGCCCAAGUGAUGAUCAACCCCGAUUUCAGUUUCAAUUGCAGUGUAAAUCAAGCACAACUACAGUAAAUCGUAAUGUGCACUGGAUUAUUGAGGACAUUAAUGAUAAUGCUCCUCAGUUUACCAAGUCGGUGUAUCGUGUUGAUGUUAAUGAGCUAACUCCAGUUGGAACCACAAUAUUUAAACAGAUAUCAGCUACUGAUAAAGAUGAAGGAGUAAACAGAGAAAUUGACUACGCGAUAGUUAAUGGUCCAAAGCAAAAUGGUGUGGAAAUUUUUUAUAUGAACCUUCCAUACUUUGGGUAUAUUGCUACGCGAGCUCAGUUGGAUUAUGAAGCACCCAUCAAUUCAUAUGUAUUGAACAUUUCAGCUUCAGAUAAGGGAAAACCACCAAAUAUUCGGUACAGCAAACUCAUUAUCAACGUUACUGAUGGAGAUGACAGAAGCCCUGCUUUUGACUACCAAACUUGUGUGAGAGUAGAUGGAGUUUGCAUACAACCUCGGUUUGAUGCAUCAAUCAUGAGUGGAUCCAUUAAUGGACAGCUAAAUCUUUUUCCAAUACCACGAAACGAUCCAUAUACUCCGGUCACACUUCAAGCUAAAGACAGAGAUACCUUAAAUUCAGCUUUAGAACUUUCUAUUGAGACUGCAAGUCUGAAAGAUAAAUUCUCAGUACAACGAUCUACUUCCUUAAAUGGAUAUCAAUGGGUUCUCACUCAAAUAAAACCAAUUGCUACUCAAGGCACAUAUCAAAUGAUAGUUAGAGUUGAAGAACAAAAUUAUAAUAAGCGGUAUGCCACAGCAAUUAUAAACUUGAAUGUGAAGCCACAAGAUAACUUUAAACCUGAGAUUGGUUCACCAUCUACAGGUUAUAUAUAUGAGAAUUCACCUCCUGGCACAUUGGCUCUUAAUAAAGAUAUAAAUGGUCCCAUGAUAAUUACAGUAUCGGAUAAAGAUUUAGUCUCUGGAAACUCAGUAAAUUAUGACUUUACAACUACCUCUGCAGAUUUUUCCAUUAAUACGAAUCGUCAGAUACAAUUGAUAAAAAAGAAUCUUGAUUAUGAGACACAGACUAUAUAUUUUCUUCCUGUUACCAUAGUUGAGACAGGUGUUCAGAAUCCUCAGACAGGUACUGGAACACUAACAAUUAACGUCCUUGACAAGAAUGACAAUCCACCAAUCUUUACCCAGUGUUCGUCAGCCUCCGUGAUAGAAGGGGAUUAUUCCAGUAGCCCUCGUCAAAUCACUUCGUUUGAUGCUACUGAUGAAGACAGUGGAGACAACAAAAUCAUUGUUUAUAGUUUGACCAGUGGAAAAGAUAAAUUUAGUAUAAGUGGCAAAAAUUUGAAUGCUGUUGGUAAGUUAAACAGGAACGAUAAAUAUAUUGUUGUCAUUAAAGCUGAAGAUCAAGCCACACCAGAAAGCUUAAGGAGAAAUAGUUAUUGCACUAUAGUUGUAACUGUUACUGAAAACAGUGCUGUCAACCUGAAAUUUCUCAGUCAGUCCUAUACAAUUACAAUCUCAGAAGAUACAGCUGUUGCUUCUUCCAUUUACACUUUUAAAGAUAAAGUAGACCCUCAGAAUGCACAGCUUGACUGCAAACUCAGCAAUUCACUAGACGAUUUUGCUAUUACAACAGGAGGAGAUAUAACAGUAGCAAAAUCUUUAGAUGCGGAACAAAUUUCACAAUAUGACAUGACUGUUACAUGUUCGAACAAAGCCAUACCUGGCCAGACAGCAACAACAACUUUUGUCGUCAAAAUCCAAAAUGUUAAUGAUAACCCUCCAAAGUUUUCACAAGACAAGUACUUGUUCAAGAUAAGUGAAGCAACAACUUUGGAUCAAGUUGUUGGGCAAGUAGAGGUUACAGAUGCAGAUAGUAAUUCAUUCAUAACACUUUCAGUUAACUCUAAUAACUUUCGCAUUGACACACUUGGAAAAAUAUUCAACCGAAUUACUUUUGAUUAUGAGACAGAAACUCUUUACAACUUCAAAGUAACAGCAAACGAUGGUAAAUUUAAUACAGACGCCAGUAUAACUGUUAUGGUACUUGAUUUGCCCGAUUCAAUACCAAUAUUUACAGAAACUAAAUAUGAGGGAUUUGUGCAGGAAGAUGCACUUAUUAAUACUGUUGUAAUUACUGUAAAGGCAGUUGAUUUAGACACCACACCUUCGAUAGUUUAUGAACUUGACGGAGAUUCUCAAUCCUUUGCUAUAAAUCAAGGUGGGGUAAUUACCACUAGCACAACGUUAGAUUAUGAGGCUAAAACUGUCUAUAAGUUUUUUGUUACCACAAAGGAUGGCAAAAAUUCACUAUCACCAAAUAGCAGAGCAGAAAUCACUGUUAAUGUACUGGAUGUAAAUGAUAACGCACCUCAGGUGUCUUUGAAUCCUUCAACCGUUACUGUUUUGGAGACAGAUAAAGUGGGAAAAACAUUGGCUGUAGUUUCUGCAACAGAUGCUGACAAACAAAAUACAUUAAACAGUGAUGUAGUUUUUCGGAUUUCUUCCAUUACUCCAAGUGCAGGAACGGAUUUGUUUUACCUGAACCCAGUAACUGGAAAUGUUGGUAUUAGUAAGCCACUCACAAGUGAUUCAAGCACUUCCUAUACAAUUACUCUCAUCGGCACUGAUCGCGGUACUCCAUCGCUCAGUCAGUCAAGAAUUCUCACUGUCAAUGUCAUACGCAACACUGCCUCUCCUGUUUGCCAAAAUAUUGCACCAGUGACCAUUCAGGAGAACAGGCCUGUAAAUGAAGUGAUUGCUGUAGUGAAGGCUACUGAUGCAGAUAAUAAUAAAUAUGGUACAAUUGAAUAUCAACUGGCUGGAGAUUUACCUUCCAUGACUCUCUUUCAAGUUGAUUCAAAUACUGGUAACAUAAAAAUUGCGAAAUCACUGACCCAGGACUCUUCAUUAAGCUAUACGCUUUCCAUAUAUGCCAAAGACGGUGGAGGAAAACAAACUACAUGUGUUAUUGUGGUGAAUGUUGAAAGGAAUUUAAAUAAACCAAUUUUGCAAGAAACUACUUACAGCAAGCAAAUUCAAGAGACCUUCCCAUUGAAUACUGCAAUCCUAAAAAUAUCUGCUUCAGAUUCAGACCGUGCACCACCUCAUAAUGAACUGAAGUAUGAGAUAAUCAGCACCAACAAUGCAGUUCAAUAUUUUUCAGUCAAUGAUUUGGGAGAGGUUAUACUUAUUCGCUCUCCAGCAGCUGAUCAAGCAAUCAAAUCUUUUUCGUUUGAAGUGAGAGUGUCAGAUAAAGGGCUUCCUGUUCCCAAAACAGCUGACAAAACAGCAAAUGUAAAUAUAGACAUUAUAAGGAAUAAUAAACCACCAGUCUUUUUCAUAAAAGAUUUCACUACAGACAUCGCGGAAAAUAGUCCAAUUAACGAAGACGUUAUUCGAGUUUAUGCAAAUGAUUCUGAUCCUCAAUUUAAUGUCAUUACUUACUCCAUAAUUGGAGAUGGUGAAGCUAAAAACUUUUUCAAAAUUGAUAGUACUACAGGCCUGAUAGAAACAGCAAAGUUUUUAUCUGCAACUUCAAUAACUCCAUUCAAGAUACGUGUUUUAGCUAAGGACAAUGGCAGUCCGGCUCGUUCUGCGACAACUGUCAUCACAGUGAAUGUUAAUCGUAAUUUGAAUUCUCCAGAUUGGCUUUCAACAUCUUUUCAAAUAAACAUUGGUGAAGAUGAAGAAGUAGGCAGAAGUCUUCUGAAAGUGAUAGCUACUGAUAAAGAUUUACAUAAACCGAACAACGAAGUUUCCUACAGAAUUGUUGGUGACACAGAUGCUCUCAAGUACUUCACUGUUUCAUCUGAUGGAGAAGUUUCAUUGAAAUCAUCACUGUUAUCAGACUCAGCUACAAGCUAUCAGCUUCAAUUACAAGCUUUUGAUUUAGGAAAUCCCUCAAGAACUACAAAUACAUUUUUAACAAUUCCAGUAAAUGUACAAAGAAAUUUGAACACACCUACAUUUACAAAAUCUGUGUAUAAGGUAACAAUUUCUGAGAAUUUCUCACCAGGAUCUAUUAUCACCUCUGUCAAAGCAAACGAUAAUGAUCUAAAAUAUAACCAGAUAUCCUACACUCUGAUGGGAAUUGAUGCGAGUUUGACAUUGUUUGAUGUUGACCGAACUACAGGCCAAAUUUCACUGAAAAGCAAUGCUGACUUGACAAAGGAAUCUGAAUUAGAAUAUACACUUGUGGUAGAAGCUGCAGACAAUGGUGUUCCACCUCGUAAGAAAACAGUUUUAGUAUUGGUGACGGUAGACAGAAAUAGGAAUACCCCAAUAUUUGACAAACAGAUUUACAAUGCCGUCAUAAAUGAAACCUUAUCACCUGGCGAAACCAUCAUCAGUGUAAGAGCUACAGAUGCUGAUUCAAAGAGCCCCAACAAUGUAAUUUCUUAUUCAAUUAAACCAUCGUUUAAAUCUGACAAGUUUUAUAUAAACUCAGUGACUGGUGCUAUUUCUUUAAUGCAAAGUAUUUCUGGAGACAGUGAUAACUCCUAUACCCUUACAAUAGCAGCCCAAGAUCAAGGAGAUCCUCCACGUUCCUCUACUUUUGAUGCUAAAGUUACCAUUCAGGUACAGAGAAAUAAAUUUUCACCAACCUUUACGGAGAAAUAUAUUGAAAAAAGUAUCAGCUCAACAGCAAAUCCUGGUGAACAAAUUGCCCAAAUUUUAGCUUCUGAUCAGGAUACUAAUGCACCAUUUAAUUUAAUCACUUACAGUAUAGAAGGAAAUGAUGAGGCAAAGAAUUACUUUGCCAUAGAUUCAAACACUGGAUUAAUAACUUUGAAGAAAUCAAUUGGAACAGCAUCACAGAGUACCUACCAAAUUUUUGUCAGCGCCAAUGAUGGAGGACAACCACCUAAAAGUGCCUUUGCUGUUGUGACUGUUUUAGUAUCAAGAAAUCUGCAUUCUCCUGUCAUCACUUCUGGUCCGUCUAUUCAAAUAUGUAGAAAAGAAAGCCAAGGUAUUAGCCAACCUCUUUAUCAGGUACAAGCUUCAGAUGCAGAUAGUGGGGCACCAAACAAUGAGUUGAAAUUUUUCCUCAAUAAAGCUUCAAGCACCUUUUCUAUAAAUCCUGACACUGGUGAAAUAUUUUUGAAAUAUCCACUUCAGAAUGAUCAAAGUACAAAUGUUUAUGUGGUUGAAGUACAGGUUCAAGACAAGGGAAAUCCUCCAAGAGUUUCCUCAACACCAGCAACUAUAACCAUUAAUGUUCUCCGAAACAAAAAUGCUCCAAAGAUUACAAAUUUGCCAAAAAGUGUUUUAAUCAAUCAAACUACUGCAGAUACUACUGUCUAUGUAGUUGUGGCUACAGAUGCUGAUACGAAUGAUCUUCUUGCUCCCCAGUGUGCUUCAAACUUCGCACAACUCUCCUAUAGCAUUGUUGGUGAUGGAGGAGCUUCAGCAUUUUUCAGCAUUGAUAGUAAUGGCCGUGUAUUUACCAAGCCGCAACUCUCUGCAGAUUCUCAAUCUAUCUACCCUGUGAGAGUUCAGGUUUCGGACAAUGGAGUACCACCAAAAUCAGUAAAUUCCAUAUUGACUGUGACUUUCAUCAGGAACCUAUAUCCACCUGUUUUCAAAGAUGAAAAUUUAAAUAUAAGUGUUCCUGAAAAUCUUCAACCUGGAAGUUCUAUUGUCCAAGUAUCUGCAGAAGACUUAGACACAAUCAGUCCUAACAACAAAAUAGUAUAUGAAGUAGUAACACCUAUUGAAUAUUUUUGGGUCAAUCCUGUUUCAGGCGUGGUGUCAAUUUCCAAGUCUUUGACACAAGAUUCUUCAAAACAAUCAGUUUAUUCUUUGAUUAUCAAAGCCAGCGACAUGGGUCAGCCUCCAAGAUCAUCUGUGAAUACAGCUACAGUGACAGUGAAUGUGUUGCGAAACAAUUUUGCACCAUUUUUUGAACCAAGUUCACGUAGCGUUACUAUUGAAGAAACUCUAUCUAUUAAGCAGUUUGUCAUAAGUAUGACUGCUUUAGACAAGGACCAUUUCUAUAAUACAGUAAGUUAUUCAAUAUUUGGAUAUCAACCAGCAACUGAUUUCUUUAAUAUAUCUAAGAAUGGAGAUGUUUUCGUCACUAAAAGUCUGGAGCUUGGCACAGAAACGAAUUAUACUUUGAAUAUUGUGGCUACUGACAAUGGUUAUCCAGCAAAACAGGGAUUUGGUAUUCUGAAUAUUUUUGUGAAACGAAAUUUUCUUGCACCAGUAUUUCAAAAUUCUCCUUAUCAGAGAGAUGUUUCGGAAUCUACUUCUAUUGGCAGCACUCUUUUUACAGUUACUGCCAUGGAUUCAGAUAAGCGAAGACCUCAAAACCAGGUGAAAUAUUUCAUGGCAUCAAGUAAUGCAGUAGAAAUCCAGCAAUAUUUUACAAUUGAUGAAACUAGUGGAGAAAUCAAACUAAUAAACAGUUUGACUCAGGAUACUUCAAAAUCUUCAUUUCAGUUCAAUAUCGUGGCUAUUGACAUGGGGAAGCCACCUCGUCAAAGUAAUCCAGCCCAAGUAGUUGUAAAUGUUCAGCGAAAUGGUUUCCCUCCAGUUUUUCCACUAGGAAAUUAUGAAACGACUAUAUCAAGAAAUACCUUAAUAAACACAAAUAUUUUUAAAGUUACAGCUUCUGACAGAGAUACGGUUUCUCCAUAUAACAAAAUUUCGUAUGACAUUAUUGGAAACCCAAAAGCCGACGAGUUCUACAGAAUUGACUCAACUGGUCAGAUAUCACUCAAGAAAUCUGUUGAUCGAGAAGAUGAAACAGUUUACUUUAUUCGCGUGCGAGCACUUGAUGGUGAUCUCCAAACUUUAAACCGCAAAUCCGCAACUGCUGUAGUCACAGUUUAUAUCAAUAGAAAUUUAUUUGCCCCAAGUCUGACACAAGCAACUUAUACACAAACAAUUAAAGAAACUGAUGCCCCAGGUUCAGUUGUCCUAACAUUACAAUCAAAUGACAAUGAUGUAGCGGCUCCAUACAAUGCAGUAGAAUACAGUUUUGAGUCACCAUCUUCACUAUUUUCACUGGAUCCUUCAACAGGAACUAUCACUAUCAGACAAGAAAUACCAGCCCAAACAAUCUCUCCAAUUCAAUUGAAGGCAUAUGCUUAUGAUAAUGGUAAUCCCAGCCGAAAAAGUGCUUCAGCAGAUAUAAUAAUCACUCUGUUAAAAGACAAGUAUCCACCUGAAUUCAUUCAACCAAUAGAUUGGGAAUUAUCAGUAAAUACUGGAUUUGCUGCAGGGAGAACUUUAGUCACAAUUCAAGCAAGAGAUAAUGAUACAACUUCUCCAUUCAAUGUGAUACGAUAUUCAAUUAUUGGUGAUGAUAAUGCAGCUGAUUAUUACAGCAUUGGUAGCCAAUCAGGAACAAUAACUACGAAACGAACGUUAACAAGUAGUAUUUCCCAGCACCGGAUCCGUGUUAAAGCUGCUAACCCACAAAAUCCUUCAAGCUCAACUAGUCGUGUGUUGCUGGUCACAGUGCUUGGAAACACUAACCCUCCAUCUUUUCAAUCAGCUACUCAACAACUCACUGUACUUGAGACUCAAUCUUUGGGGAAACUUCCUUUGAAAAUAAACUUGGUGGAUCCAGAAAAUGAGGGUGUCAGUUGUGAAAUGGCUUCACCAAAUGAUUAUUUCACCACUAUGCCCAAUAGCUGUGAUAUCCUACUCAUGAAACCUCUUAUGGAUGACCCUUCCAAAACUUCAGAAUACAAGUUUGUUCUAUUGGGCAAGGACUUGGGUUCUCCUUCACAGAGAGCCACCAACAACAUAACUGUGUCAAUUAUUGUUGAAAGGAAUAAUCAUGCACCCCAGUUUGGUAAUGUACCAAAUAAUAUUACUGCAACUGUUCCUGUUAAUCAAUUAUAUAGAGUUUCUGUGACUGACCAGGACAAUGUGAAACCCUUUAAUGAUGUCUUCCUAUCUCUGAUUGGAGAUGACCAAGCUCCAACCCUCUUUAGUAUUGAUCCUGCAACAGGGAUUAUAACAGCACCAAGAGAAAAUGAUCUUCAGCAAGAUAGUGACAGUCUUUAUAAAUUGAGGAUCCUGGCCAAAGAUGGAGGAUCACCACCACUGACCAGUACAGCUACGCUCCUUGUCCAGAUAAACAAGAAUAGAAACCCUCCAGCAUUCUCACAUGCAGAUAUAUCUGUUAGCAUAGCAUAUACAACUCCUGUUGGUGAAAUUGUAGUUGAUGUCAAUGCCACUGAUCCAGAUAUGCCAAGCACUCCUAAUUCUGUGGAGUACAAAGCUAAUUGGAUAAAUGAUGCACCAACGUAUUUUUACUUGAACCAACAAGAUGGUACUAUCAUAUUGAAGAAACCAUUGCCUAAAACUGGAACAUCUGCUUUUCUGUUUCAAGUUGAAGCUUCUGACAAAAUGCAACCUGUAAGGACCAGUACAAUCAACGUGCGAAUCAAUAUUUUGAGGGAUGCUAAUACACUGACAUUUUCUCAGCCAUCUUAUAGCACAAGGAUAAGCGAGAAUUUGGCUGUUUCAGCUCCUGUACUAACAGUUGCAGCAAGUCCCCCGCCUGACAUUUCUUAUACACUCACUGGUCUUAACCAAGCCAUGGAUUAUUUCCAAAUCAAUGAAAGGGGAGAUAUAAGCGUGAAAAGUAGCUUAAUUUCAGACAAAUUCAAACAAACUGUUUAUUAUAUGACAGUAACAGCAAGCAAACAGUUUGCUAUCUCUCGGCAAACUGCUUCUGCCAAUGUAACCAUCACGGUGACAAGAAAUUUGAAUGGACCUAUAUUCUCAAGUAACAUAUAUACUAAAACUAUUGAUGUUAACAGUCCUCCUGGUACAAGUAUAAUACAGCUCACAGCCAGUGAUGCUGAUAAACAUGAUACUCUUGGGUAUUCAAUAAUCCCCUCAGCUGGAAUCACAGACUACGUUUAUGUAGGACCAGGAAGUGGAUUGAUUAGUCUUCGGAAGAUGCUAAGCAGUUCUACUACUAACCCAUUGGAGUUUACUGUAAAAGUUAGUGAUAAUUCUGAGCCAGAAAAAACUGCUACUGCUAUCGUCAGGAUCCAAAUCAUAAAAGACCAGUUCCUUCCAGUUUUCAUUAGUGCUCCUUACAGUACAAGUAUAAAUUAUGAUGUUGCUUUGAAUACUUCCAUAUUUAAUGUUCGUGCAACAGAUGCUGAUUUGCAGGGUACAAUACAAUAUGAAAUCCAGGGAAUAUUAUCUGCCCCAAGUUAUUUUCAAAUUGAUCAGGUUACUGGAGCCGUUACUGUGAAGAAUAGGAUUAUCGAUGAUACAGCAUCCUCAUACAGUCUUGGUAUCAUAGCAUAUGAUAGUUUUCGACCAUCUCAAACCUCUGAAACGAUUUUGCAAAUACAAGUGGACAGAAACCCCUCUCCUCCUUCAUUUCCAUCAAGAAUUUACCGGAAAACAAUUUUAGAAAUUACUGAUAUAGGAACAAGUAUCUUGCAGGUGACCGCAAAUGAUGUAGAUGUCGGCCAAAAGAUCAGAUAUUCAAUUGGACAAAAAAGCAUCCCAGAUAGCUCAUACUUCUAUUUGAAUGAGAUGAACGGAAAUAUUAUUCUACAAAAAUCAUUGACCAAUAUCACUGGUAACACUCUCAGUUUUAGUGUCUCCGCUGAAGAUAAUGGUAUCCCACCAAAGUCUGCUUUGCAAGAAGCUACUGUUGAAAUAACUGUGCGCAAAAAUUUAUUUGCCCCUCAAUUUCAGAAGAAUAGUUACGAAGUUGAAAUUAAUGAAGACACUCGACCACAAACUACAGUUCUUCAAGUAUUUGCUAUUGACCAAGAUACUGAACCUGCCUUUAAUACAGUCAACUACCGACUUACUGGUGAUGGAAACAUUGCAUCUUACUUCGAUUUCCAGGAUGGAAUUUUCAAACUGAAGUCAUCCCUUGCAACAGAUAACAUUCCCUUUUUUCAAGCACGCAUUGUUGCUUCUGAUAAUGGGAGACCACCUAAAUCAUCAACAGUUUUAGCUAAGAUUACUAUAAAGCGAAAUUUAAAUCCACCCUUUUUUACACCAGUGAGUUACACAAAAAAUAUAGAAGAAAAUAUUAGUAUUGGAACCGUUAUACUAAAAGUGAAUGCUCAAGAUAGUGAUAAUCAUGCACCGUAUAAUGAAAUAACUUAUAAAAUAGAGGAUUUGCCUUCUCCUCCAAAUCCAAUUGAAAAUCAAGCUUCAAAAUAUUUUGAUGUUGAAUCAAAUGGAAAUAUUUUUGUUGUUGGAGAUCUAACAAAAUCGACCAUCAAGGAAUUCACUUUUUAUGUUACGGCCACAGACAAAGGAAAUCCACCACUUUCAGCUACUAACAAAGCAACUGUAAUCUUGAAAAUAAUAAGGAACGAUCAUUCACCAGUUUUUCAUGCAACUCCUUAUCAAGUUACUGUAUCUGUUUCUCAUGCAGUCAAUAGUUUCCUGUUUCGAGUAAAUGCAACUGAUGAGGAUAUUGGUGCAUUUGGUUCAAUCAAAUAUAGUAUAUUUGGUGAUAAUGAUGCCAAAAAUAUGUUUUCUAUCAAUUCCAAUACUGGUGUAAUUAACCUGAGAAAUUCCCUGAGCCUGUCUACUAAUGAUAAAUACACGAUUUGGGUGAAAGCUGAAGAUCAAGGAUUUCCAUCAAACAUGGCACUUACUCCAGUAACAGUAAAUGUCAAUAGAAAUAUGAACACACCUGGAUGGACUCGCCAGAACUAUACAGAAAAUGUUCUUGAAAUUACUCUCCCAAAUACAGUAUUACUGCAACUUCAUGCAUUUGACUUUGAUAAUCAGGCUCCCUACAAUACCCUGGAUUUCUCCAUGUCAUCAAGUCAAAGUGACAAUGAUGUUGCAGAUUAUUUUGGUGUUACAGCAUCAGGACAAUUUUUUGUCAAACGCUUGUUAAUUAAUAUCAGAAACAAGAACCAAUUUUUGGCCGAAGUUACAGUUGCUGACAAAGGAAACCCACCAAAAGUUAAUCUUCAGAAGGCGUACAUAACAAUUAAUGUAAUUCAAAAUGAGAAUUCACCAUACUUUGUAAAUGAGCCAUACAAAAAAACACUGGGAAAAGUCAUAUCGGUGAACCAAUUAAUUUACACAGUAACAGCUAGAGAUAACGACAAGGACACUCCCUUAAACCAGAUCACAUAUAGUAUUGUUGGUGAUGAUUCUGCACCUUUGUAUUUCAAAAUUGAUCCUACGACUGGUCAAAUAACUCUGAAAAACAUUCCUUCUGGUACUGAAAAUAUAUUCAAGAUCCGUGUCCGAGCUAGUGAUGGUGGUAUUCCACCUCGAUCCAAUGAAACAGUUGUAGAGAUCGUUAAGUCUAGUUCUAAUGAGAAAGCACCAUCAUUUACUCCUGACACCAUAACCAUAACUAUUGCAGAAACGCAACCUCUUGGUGUAGUUAUAGUACAAGUAAAUGCUACUGAUGAUGACAUUUCUGCUCCUGACAAUCUGUUGACCUAUUCUUUAGUAGGUGGUUCUUUAGAACAACAAUGUUUCUUCUUAGAACCAAGUAAAGGAAGCAUUAUGGCACGCAGAUCCCUAAUGUAUAGCCCAUGUAACCAAACAAGCUACAAGGUACAAGUCACAGCAAAGGAUAAUGGAGUCCCUCAGUGGACCAGCAAUAUACUUACUGUAAAUAUUUUGGUUCGAAAGAAUAACAAUAAACCAGUCUUUACCAAUUUGCCAAGCAACAUGGAGCUUCCUGUAACUAAAGUAGUUGGUAGUAAUGUACUUAGAGUUACCGCUAUAGACAGAGACACUCAGCCACCAUUCAACAAGUUAACAUAUAGCAUUAUUGGUGAUGCUUUUGCAAUGAAUAAGUUUGCCAUUGAUUCUGUUACUGGUCAGAUUACUGUAAAAAGCUCUCUUAGUCUAGAAAAGGAAAAUUUCUACACGGUGAGAGUGCUUGUAAAAGAUGGUGGAGCUCCUCCACUGAGCAGUACAAGUACACUAGGAAUCAAUAUCAAUCGAAAUUUCAAUACACCACAGUUUCGACCAUAUGAUCAAAAUAUUGAUAUAAAUGACAUUCAAUUGCCUGGUAUCUCUUUCUACCAAAUAUCCGCAACUGACAAUGAUAUCACAAGUCCUGAAAACCUUGUCAACUAUUAUAGCAAUGGAACACAAGAUGCUCUGAAAUAUUUCGCAAUAGAAAAAAGUACAGGCAAGAUUUCUCCAAGACAACUUCUGUUCGAUGUUAACUCCGGUCCUUAUCAAUUGGUAAUUUAUGCUCAUGAUAUGGGUAGUCCUAGAAGAGUUACAAAUAUCCCAGCUCGAAUUAACAUCAAUGUAGUGCACAAUUCAUGCCCAAGAUUUAACAAUCUUCCAGCUACAAUCAAUCUGAAACCAAAUCAACCUGUUGGGAGUGAUAUAUUUCAAAUGGGAAUUACAAAUCCUAUAACUGGUAAUACCAUAAAGCUGGAUGUGGUUGGUCAGGAUGACAGUGCAUCAUUCUUUGGUAUCCAUUCAAAUAAUAAUACUGUCUAUGUACUAAAAAGUGUCUUACAGGAAUCAAAAGAAGUCUACAGACUAAAUAUCCGUGUUCGCAAUAUUAACCCCAAUUGUGAUCAAUUUGAAAUACUGACAAUCAACAUAGAAAGAAACCAAUUUGGACCUCAGUGGGGAUCUCUUCCUCCAUUUUUGGCUACUGUUUAUGAAGACCAUUCACUCAGAACACCAGUAUAUUCUCUAAGGGCAACAGAUAACGAUCAGCCACCCAACAACCAGAUUCUGUACAAAAUCGUUGAUAAAUAUGACAUGUUUUAUAUAGACGAAAUAAGUGGCAAAAUUUUCACCAGGUUUCCUUUCGGAAGUAAUCAAACAAUAAGCCAAUUUGAACUUACUGUUAGUGCAGAAGAAAAAGGCCCAAUUUCACCCAAAGAAAUUUCAGGUAAACUAACGAUCACUGUCAUCAGGAAUUUAUUCGUACCACAAUUCGUGAAUGUUCCCUAUGAAAUUACAUUAUUACCAAGUUCUCCAGUUGGCAGCUUAAUGUUCAGAGCUUCUGCAACAGAUGCUGAUUCUUAUUUACCUUUUCGAACAAUCACCUAUGCAAUUACUGGUGAUGGAUUAGCUGCUGUGUAUUUUACAAUAUCCCCCACUACAGGAGAUGUAUCAAUAAAGAAUUCUCUUUCAUCGUCAGUUGAAGACACAUUCAAGGUUCGAAUAUUUGCAAGAGACAAUGGAUCACCAUACCUUUCAAAUACCACAUUAGCUACGAUAAAGUUGGCACAGAAUGUGCCAGCUCCAAGUUUCCAACAAAGUGUGUACAAUAUAGAAGUUCUUGAAACAGAAACAGUUGGCUCCAACAUUCUUGAUUUGGUUGUACAAAAUACACCAACACAAUAUCAAAACUUCAGUCUGAAAGGAGAUGCUACUGCAUUAAAGCUCUUUGAUAUUAUACAAAGUGGGAAAAUAAGAGUACAGAGAGCGCUGUAUACUGAAAUUGCAAACUCUUACACAUUCCAAGCCAUUGUUGCUGAUACCCGUGCACCAACAGUUGAAGCUUCUACAACUAUUACAGUCAAUGUAGUUCGUAAUAACUUCUCUCCUGUUUUUGGAUUAAACUACUCGGUUACCAUAGAAGAAAAUUUUAAUAAAGCUAAUGCUCUUCUCAGCAUGGUGGCAACAGACAGGGAUAUAAACAAUUUCAAUAAAUUCAAUAAAAUCACUUAUGAAGUAAUAGGAGAUGAUAAGGCACCUGACUACCUCAGGAUUGACUCUAACACUGGAUCAGUAUUUCUGAAACCUACAGCUGAUUUAGUAUCAACCAAUAUUAUUAAGUUUGUGUUAAGAGUUGUGGCCAAAGACGACGGAACACCACCUAAAAGUGCUACUGCAACAGCUAUUAUUUCAAUUAAACGGAAUUUCUUUUCACCAGUAUUCACACAAGAUCCUAUCAUCAAGACGAUACAAAAUAAUGUUCCUGUUGGAACAGUUAUUGAAACUGUCAAAGCCACAGACAGGGAUACUACAGCACCAAACAAUGUUAUCAGCUAUGAAAUAUAUGGAGAACAGUCUGCUUUACAGUAUUUCUUCAUCAAUCCGAACACUGGAGCAGUUAGUCUAAUCAAGUCCUUGGUUAAUGGUCCUAAUCAAUUUGAUGUAAAAAUCAGGGCGAAAGAUGCUGGCAUGCCAUCUUUGGCUGAUACCAUGACUCUACAAGUAACAGUUAUUAAAAGUUCUGGACCAGCUGACUUUACCCAACGGAAUUAUAACAUUACCAUUGAUGAAGCAUUCCCUAUCACAUCAAUGGUCCUUAAUGUACAAAUAAACUCACCAAUGCAAUACACCUACAAAUUAGUUGGUUAUGUACCUGGUACAGAAUAUUUUGGAAUUGUAGAAAAUGCUGGUUCAAUAUUUGUUAGAAAGGACCUGAAAUCUGAUACUUUGAAUUCACCCACUUACACAUUAUUGGUUGAGGCUUCCCAAAACUCAACAAAGAAAAGUGCAACAGUUUUUAUAACCGUGAGAAGAAAUUUAAAUGCACCAAUUUUCCAGUCACAAAAUUAUUUUAAGAGUGUGCAAGAGUCAGAAAACCUUGGUCAGAUAAUCCUUACAGUAUCAGCCACAGAUUUGGACAAUGAUGUCUUGAAAUAUAGUCUCUCAAAAACCGUCACUCCAAGUUUCAAAGCAGAGGAAUUUUUCUUUGUUAAUUUCAUUACUGGUGAGAUUAGCUUAAUUAAAAGUCUUCGUGGUAUUAGUGAGACUCAGAUUACGUUUGAAGUGACUGCUAGUGACCAGAGAAUUCCAGAAAAAACUGCUACAGCUACAGUGAGAAUAGACAUUAUUAAAAGCGCCUUCUCUCCAGAAUUCCUUAAUACACCUUAUUCUGCAGUUAUUGACGAAAAUACUUCUCAGGGUAGCACUAUUUUCACCGGAGUCACAGCACGGGAUAAAGAUCAGCGUCAAAAUUUGAAAUUUGAAAUUCAAGGCUAUGGAGUGGCAACCUAUAUAUUCUCUGUGAACACAAAUGGUCAUAUAAUUCUGAAAAAUUCUAAUUUACUACGUAAUAUACAACAAGAUAAAUAUACAAUACUUCUUGCUGUUUAUGAUGAAGCAUUCCCAGAUGACAAAACUACAACAAAUAUGACUAUCCGGGUGACGAAAAAUUCAAGUGGACCUAAAUUUACUCAAAGUAUAUACAGAAGAAAUAUUACUAUGUCUCAUUCACUUGGUCAAGUGAUAAUUCAAGUUACUGCAAUAGACAGUGAUGGAGAUCUACCAUAUUAUAAUAUUUCUGGAUUAGCAAAUAAUGAUUAUUUCAUCACCAGUGAUGAUGGAAAGAUAUAUUUAAAGAAAGCAUUGACAUCUACUCAAGUUACAAAUUCAUUCAGUGUAACUGCAUGUGACAGGAGACAACCACCCAACUGCGACACGGCUUCAGUCAACAUCUUUGUUUCUCAAGAUAAUGCACCAACAUUUUUGAACACACCUUAUAACACCAACAUUAACAAAUACCAUGCCUUCAAUAAGCUGGUCUUCUCUGCACGUGGCAAUGAUGCUGACAACCCUGUUACAUUGAAUUAUGAAAUUAUUGGAUUUUAUCCUGCAAGAGAGGUUUUUACAAUUCUUCCAAGUGGUGACGUCUAUCUAAAACAAUCUUUAAAUUCUACCACUUUGAAGUAUCCUGUUUAUUAUCUUCGUUUAGCAGUAUAUGAUCCAGUGAAUCCAGAUUUAAAAGGAUAUACCAAUGCCACAGUGAGAGUUGAUCUGAAUCCCAAUGCACCCCAAGUUCAAAGUCUAUUUGUUUUCAAUAUUUCAAGUUCUGCAUCAGCCGGUACUAUUGUUGGGAAUAUUUUUGCUUCAGAUCUUGAUGGGGAUCAACUGACAUUCUCUAUGGAAGGAGAUCUUGAUGACCGGCAAACUUUCUAUGUGGCACCAUAUAAUGGCGAUAUUCUCCUAAAGAAAAGCCUUCAAAAGAGCUUAGCACAAUAUGUGUUUGAUGUCAAAGUUACUGAUGGAAGCAAAACUGCCAAAACUAUCGUUACCAUUAAUGUGAUACCUACUCAGAAACCAUUCUUUACCUCUCCACCACCUAAUGAUGUGACCAUCGAUGAUUCUUUCUCUGUGAAUACACAACUGUUUGUUGCCAAAGCUACUCAUAGAAACCUAAAGCAACAAAUUGUUUAUGAACUGACUGGAGAUUCACAUACUCUAAACUAUUACCAAAUAAAUGCAAAUACUGGAGAUAUCUCCCUGAAAACAUCACUUCUAACUGAUCGUGUAAUUUCUUAUAGGCUUGAACUCAAAGCCUAUGAUUCAGCAGAACCAGACAAUUUUGCAACAACUACCCUCAUCGUUAAUGUCAGGCGAAACCCAAAUGCUCCAGUAUUUUUAUCAAGUAGUUAUACCAAAGAUAUCAGAGAGUCUCUGAGUCCAGGUUCAUCAGUGCUGAAGGUGUCAGCAACUGACAGUGAUAGAGAUAUUGUUGACUAUGAAAUGAUAGAUCCAGUGAGCAACAAUGCUUAUCAGAACUUCUUCAUUUCAAGAAAUGAUGGCACUAUUUAUGUAAGGCAACCUCUCGAUCGGGAUAACACCACCAACAUGUUUACUUUCCAAGUGAUUGCCAGUGAUCAACGAUUUCCAGUCAAAACUGGUACAGCCACUGUUACAAUUAGAGUCUUACGAGAUCAGAAUCUUCCACAGUUUUUGGGCCCUUUCACAUGGCAAAUUUCUGAAAUGCAACCCAAGAAUGAUCGCUUUGGUAUAAUACGAGCUACAGACCAAGACAAUGAAGGGAGCAUAAAAUUACGUCUCCUCCCUAGUGGAGUGACAACUUACUAUUUUAAUUUUAAUGAACAAACUGGAGAAGUGACUGUCAAAGAAAACCUUAGAACUGAUGAAAACACAAAAUCCUAUGAUCUCAACGUUGAAGCUUACAAUACAUUGUAUCCACAAAACACAGUCCAGGGCAAAUAUGUCAUAAAUGUGAUAAGGAAUGCCAAUCCACCAGUAUUUUCAACAAGUGACUAUCGAGUAACAAUUCCAGACACAAAACCUCUUGGAGAUGUUAUCCUUACCAUUAAAGCAACAGAUCAAGAUAUGGACACCAUUGUGUAUUCAGCAACUGGAGCUUCAAACACUCUUCAGUACUUUUAUCUAAUGCAAGACAGUGGUGAAAUUUUGGUUAAAAAUUCACUGACUUCUGAUUCUCUAAGCCCAACUUCGUAUAGGAUGACCGUCACUGCUCGCGACAAACGUGCAUCAGAAAAUACUGCAACUGCAACUGUCAUUAUAACUGUUACUCGAAGCCAACCCCGAAUACAGUUUCAAAAUCUUCCAAGUACAUUAACUUUUAAUGAUACUAAAUCUCCAGGUGACAUAUAUAUUGUAAGAACAUCUUGGGUACAAGUUGGAUCUAAUGUGGGUAAAUCCAUACACUAUAAACUAACUGGAAAAUAUCCAGCUUUGUCAUUCUUUCAAAUAGACAAAUUGACAGGCGUAGUUUCACUUACUGAUACCUUGAAGAAACCAAAUAUGUUUCUAACUACAUUUACCUUGGAUGUGGUUGCAUAUCAAGAAAAUAACACAAAAGUUUCAACAACGUCUCAGUUAGUGAUUAAUGUAAUCCGAAACCCUAAUGCUCCAAUCUGGGACAGUAGAUUGUAUAAUAAAUCUAUUAGUGAAAACCAUCAAAUCGGUUCAUCUGUCUUACAACUGACUGCUGAUGACAAGGAUCAACAGGACAAGUUAACCUACACUUUGGUGUCGCAGAAUACCGGAAGCACAAACUAUUUCUUUUUAGAAGAAGACACAGGUAUACUUUAUCUGCUGAGAUCCUUGAAAAAUAGCUCUUUCAAUGUAUUUAAUUUGGAUGCUAAAGCUUGUGAUAAUGGAAUCCCUGAAAAAUGUACACCAAUGAGAAUCUAUAUCUCUGUACGAAAAAGUACACCUCCCCAGUUCACCACAUCUGCAUAUUACGCUGUUAUCAAUGAUACUUUAUCACCACAAGCAACUGUUCUUUCUGUUACUGCCAGUGAUCAAGAUUUACAACAAACAUUAAAAUACAAGAUAACUUCAUCAACUGCCAACUUCUUCAUCAUUGAUGAAAAUACAGGUGCAAUCAAAGUGGCUUCCGAUCUCAAAAUUGCUCCAAAAUCUGUAACAAUAAAUGUAGAAGCUUAUGACAGCCAAGAACCUUCAAUAGUAGGCGAAACAACUGUUUACAUUACUAUACAGAAGAAUCCUAAUGGACCUUAUUUCUUGGCUAAUAGUUAUACUGUUACCAUAUUAAGCCACAGCCCUGUGGGUUCAAUGGUAGUUAAUACAACAGCCAUUGACAAUGAUGGGGACGUAUUGACUUAUUAUCUGGGAAACAACCUAGGAUCUGAUGAUGCUAAAUACGUUUAUGUUCUCCCAAAUAAUGGAAUGAUAUACUUGAGAGAAUCUCUGAAAUCUCAGGCAACAAAUACAUUAAGAUUUCUUGUCUAUGCAUCCGACAGCAAUUUUUUCACUCCACGAACUGCUUCAGCUGGAGUAAACAUUAUUGUUCAGCAAACACAACCACCUGUAUUUCAAACCUUUGAUUGUAAUAUUCAAGUGCCAGCAAACAGAUCACUUGGAAGUCUGUUUCAAGUGACUGCCACCAGCUCUUCUGGCCUGGGAAAUAUGCAGUACACUAUCAAUGGCAUCUACCCUGCAAGGGAAUUUUUCUCAAUAGACAGCGAUGGAAAGGUCCGCCUUAUUCACUCUUUCACAAAUGACACCAUCAGCCGAACAUCAUACACUAUUCAAAUAUUUGCAUUUAAUACACUUUCACCUGAAGUUCAAACCAAGAAAACUUGUUUGGUAACUGUGAAUCGAAGUACAGCAGGUCCGACAUUUACCCCUUCAGCAGCCAUGACUGUUUCCGUGUCUGAAAACAGAAAUGUUGGGUACAACUUCUUCAUUGUUAAAGCAGUUGGGGAAACUGGAGAUACCAUUACAUAUACACUUGAGACUCCAUCUCUUUUCUUCUCAAUAGACAAAACAAGUGGAAUUAUAAGCAUUUCUCAAAAUUUGGAAAAUGCUCAGAAUGAUGUUUAUAAUCUGAUUGUCCGAGCAACAAACCAAAAGGGUAAGUUUUCAAAAGGAUCUCUUCAAAUCAAUAUCCUGCGUCAAGCUGCAAGUUCACCUACUUUCAAGAACCUACCAAAUCAAAUUGGAAUGAUUUUGGUCCAGAAUUUCCAGCAUCCAAUGUAUGAAGUUUUUGCAGAAUCUCAAAAUAACAAGAGUGUACUUCAGUAUGAGAUUGAUGGAAUUUUCCCAUCAGAUGACUUUUUCCGCAUUAAUAAGACUACUGGCGAGAUAUAUUUGAAGAAAGAUGUGAGAACUGACACUCUAAACACAAUCAACUACAAGAUCCAAGUUGUUUGUUAUACCCAGGAUAAUCCUUCCUUAAAAUCUCGAGCCAUUCUGACAGUAACUGUUGACCGCAACCCUUAUUCACCAAUAUUUUCUCCGAACUUGUAUUUCAUUCAAAUAUCCCAAAGGGAACGAAAAGGCAAGAUGGUUAUACAGGUGACAGCCACUGACAGAGACACACCAAACAAUAUAACAUACAGUAUAGUAGGCAACAGCAAUGGGCUGAUUGCAAUGCAAUACUUCUUUAUCCGUAGUGACACUGGUGAAAUUUAUGUUAACAACGAUCUUAGUACUGUCACUACUAAUACCUUCAAGUUCACUGUACAAGCAAGUGAUAAUGGUUUUCCACCAAGGAGUGAUACAGCUCCUGUUGAAAUCAGAAUUAUUCGGGAUCUUCAGUCUCCAGUUUUCUCAAAGACAACUCAUAAUUUGAAUCUGCAAGAAAAUACACCUGUAGGCAACUUCUUGUUACAACUUACAGCAAAUGAUCUAGAUCGCCAGGGUUCUAUUGUAUAUGAAGCAGCUGGCAAUGAGUAUGGUCUGCUUUUGUGUGAAGUGAACAAAACUACUGGACGUAUUACAUUGAAAUCUUCAUUAAAGAAUGUUCUUGUUAACAAUUUCCAAUUAAUUGUCAAAGCCUACGACACUUACUUUCCUGACAAUACAGCCUUAGCCAGAGUAUUUAUUACCGUUUUACGUAAUGUAAAUACUCCAGUCUUUUCACAAAGUACGUUCAGUGUUACAAUAAAUGAAUACCAUUCUUUUAUGAGCCCAGUUAUAACCACUACUGCUACAGAUGCUGACCAGGAUGUUAUUUCAUACAAGCUGUUUGGCAGUAACGAUGACUUGGAUUAUUUUUACAUAACCUUCAGCAGUGGACAGAUUUACCUGAAGAAACAACUCAAUAACCAACCAAGAACUAAAUUCUCUUUAACUGUUCAAGCUACUGACUCGGGCAAUCCACCCAAAAAAUCCAAUGCCAGUGUGGUAGUCACAGUUGUGCGAAAUACACUGCCUGUAAUAAACAACCCUAACCAGGUCUUCAAUAUUUCUUCAACAAAUGCAGUCGAUUUUGCAUUUGGAAAAAUUCAAGCUCAAGAUACUGAUGUCAUUGGAAGAUUAGUGUAUGAAGUGAUUGGUGAUGUAUCAGCCCCAACAUUCUUCAAAGUUGAUGAAAAUUCAGGGGACGUAAGCCCCAAAAUAUCCUUACUAAAUCAACGUGCUAAAAAAUAUACGUUACGAGUUGCUGUCUAUGAUUCAGCUGUACCAUCCAAGAGAGUCAUAGAUAUUAUAACCAUAUAUGUUAAUCGAAACACGCAGGGUCCAAUAUUUACAAAUAAACCAUUUACGAGAAGUGUUGAUCCUAAUAUUGAUGUAACCUCUGAAAUUAUACAAUUCCAAGCAAUUGAUUCUGGAGGGGAUCAAAUCACUUACAAAAUAAGCAAUGAGUCUACUGCUCAGCAAUAUUUCUUGGUGUUACCCCUAAAUGGAAAGCUCAUACUCAUUAAGUCCCUAAAAGGACUGGCCCCUACAACAAUCCGAUUUACUGUGACAGCAACAGAUAAUGGCGAACCCCCUAUAAGUACCAGUGAACCAGUAAUAAUACAGGUGAAAGACUCAACUGACAUCCCACAAUUUAUCAAUCCUGAUUACGAAGUUAAUAUUUUGGACUCUGAGCCAGUUACUGAAGUUGUGACGACUGCAACAGUCAAGGACACAGGAAUUCCACCGAGAACUUAUAAAUAUGAAAUCGUUGGAAAUUAUCCAUCUUCAAUAUUCUUUUCUGUAAAUGAAAAUACUGGUUCUAUUCGUAUUAAGCGCUCACUGAAAACUGAUGCUCUUUUAACAGAAACUUAUAUUAUUCGUCUGGCAGCCUAUGAUGUGAGUAAACCAUCUCAAAAAGGCUAUGCAACUAUCAGAGUAAAAGUGGAUCGCAAUCCUUCUGGUCCAUAUUUUAUUGCUCCAGUCAAUAAUGUAAUUGAUGUUCCAGAUAACCAGGGUGUCAACAGUGCUGUCACUCAAGUCUCUGCAAUUGAUAAUGACCGGGAUAACAUCACAUAUGUUAUGCAAGGAAAUAGUGACUUGCAAAACUUUUUCUUCAUCAAUCCACUAAAUGGUAUAAUAUAUCUGCGAAAUAGUCUGACAACAACCACUGUGAAACGUUUUGAUGCCAUCAUAACUGCCAUAGAUAAUGGUCAACCCCCAAAAUCCAACUCAACAACGUUGCGAUUCAAUAUUAAAGAAACACUAAAACCAGUCUUUAGACAAAGUAGCUACAACGUUACUAUAGAAGAGACUGAAAAUGUAAAUACAUUUGUCAUUGGAACUGGUGUCACUUCACCAAAUCCGCUUCUCUUUAAUUAUAGAAUCAUCGGAGAAGGUUCUGCUCCAAGUUACUUCAAAGUUGAUAGAAAUGGGCAAAUUUAUGUUCGUACUGACCUCAAGACUGGACGUGAAAUGGGAUAUACUUUGAUUGUUGAAGCUUAUAAUCCACAAUAUCCUUCAAACAAAGACACCACAAAGAUCUACAUCAAGAUGAGUAGGAAUGUUAAUUCUCCAAGCUUUCAGUUACCAUCUUAUAGAUUCCAGACCAAUUCUCUUUCAAAACUAGGAACAAUAGUUGGAAAGAUUCAAGCAGUUGAUAAUGACAAUGAUGUGCUAACUUAUUCUAUCAUACAAACCAGUGAUUGUCAGAAGUAUUUCUACAUAAAACCAAGUACAGGAGAGAUAUUUGUACGAGAAGUGUUACCAUCUACAAAUAGAACAUUUGAUUGUAUUAUGAAAGUCAGUGAUAAUGGUUAUCCACAAAGUAAAACCUCCAGUGUUAGUGUAAAAGUGACUACAACAAACGACAAUCGACCACCUGUUUUCUCGCAAAAUAAAUAUUUUGCUACUUUGAAAGAGACUGUUCCGUUGGGACAGUCAUUGUUGGUGUCCAAGCUCUGCCACAGUUAAACACUGAUGUGGUACGCUACCGAGUGGUGGGAAAUUAUCCAGCUGAGUUAUUCUUUCAAGUCAACAAUGUCACUGGAUCUGUAACCACGAAAAAAGAUCUUCGAACAGAUAUUUUGAGUACAACAUCUUACACAUUAAAAGUUGAAGCAUAUAUUCCCAGUCAACCAAAUGCAGUAGCGACUACUGAUGUUUUAAUUACUGUCACCAGGAAUGCUAAUGGUCCAAUCUUCAAUCCACAAACUGCUUCUGUGGAAAUACCAAGAGAUUCCCAGCCUGGGAUAUAUCUUUACAACCUUAAUGUUACUGAUGCAGACAAUAAUUUUAUCAGUUGUAAAAUUAUAGGACAAACGGUUGCUUUGCAAUAUUUUACUCUCGCACCCAAGAGCUGUAUCCUUCAAUUAAAAAGGAGUCUGUUGUUGGAUUCACAAAAUAAUACACAAUAUGUAAUCGAAGUGGAAGCCAGUGAUAAUGGAAAACCAGUUCCAAAGAAAAAUAUUGGAACAGUAAUUGUGAAUGUAAAACAAAAUCCAGCAAUAACUUUUACAAAUUUACCACAUCAAAUUAAUGUUCGCGACAAUCUCAGUCGGGGCUCUAUGUUCUAUCAAGUAACUGUUUCAAAUAACAAUGUGGGUCAAACACAAUAUCAAAUUGAAAGUGUCUUUCCAAACGGACAAAACCAUUUCUACAUUGAUAAAGUGAGUGGAAUAAUCUAUUUGAAUGACAGCUUGAAAAAUGACCCUCA